GGCGAAUCAGGACUAGACCGCCCGCCUUCUCAUCCCCACCCACUUUUCUUUCUCCUUGGACCUACCUAUGACUCCUCCCUGCUUUUCUCUACAUCUUGCCGUAUAAAUCGAUCGUGACUCAGGUCUUUGCCAUUGCUCCAUCUAUCUACUUACUACCCCACCAAAUAUAACACAAUGUGCCCCGGUGCAGACCACGAGCCCAAUGGGCAGGCCAAUGGCGCCAAUGCCAACGGUGAACACCCCGGCUUCACUGCCGUCGAGACUCGCCAGAACCCCCACCCCUCCGCCUCUCGCAACCCCUACGGCCACAACGUCGGUGUUACCGACUUCCUGAGCAACGUCUCCCGCUUCCAGAUCAUCGAGAGUACCCUGCGUGAGGGUGAGCAGUUUGCCAACGCUUUCUUCGACACCGAGAAGAAGAUCGAGAUCGCCAAGGCUCUGGACGAGUUCGGUGUUGACUACAUUGAGCUUACCAGCCCUUGUGCUUCUGAGCAGUCGAGAAAGGACUGCGAGGCUAUUUGCAAGCUUGGCCUGAAGGCUAAGAUCCUUACCCACAUUCGCUGCCACAUGGACGAUGCCAGAAUCGCCGUCGAGACCGGUGUCGAUGGAGUUGAUGUCGUCAUUGGAACCUCCUCUUACCUCCGUGAGCACUCUCACGGUAAGGACAUGACCUACAUCAAGAACACUGCUAUUGAAGUUAUCGAAUUCGUCAAGUCCAAGGGCAUUGAGAUCCGUUUCUCCAGCGAGGACUCCUUCCGUUCUGACCUCGUCGAUCUUCUGUCCAUCUACUCCGCUGUCGACAAGGUUGGUGUCAACCGUGUCGGUAUCGCCGAUACUGUCGGUUGCGCUUCCCCCCGUCAGGUCUACGAGCUUGUCCGUGUCCUGAGAGGUGUUGUCGGAUGUGACAUUGAGACUCACUUCCACAACGACACUGGUUGCGCCAUUGCUAACGCCUACUGUGCCCUGGAGGCUGGUGCCACCCAUGUCGACACCUCCGUUCUCGGUAUCGGUGAGCGUAACGGUAUCACUCCUCUGGGUGGUCUCAUGGCCCGCAUGAUGGUCGCCGACCCCCAGUACGUCAAGAGCAAGUACAAGCUCGAGAAGCUCAAGGACAUUGAGGACCUCGUUGCCGAGGCUGUUGAGGUUAACAUUCCCUUCAACAACUACAUCACCGGUUUCUGCGCUUUCACCCACAAGGCUGGUAUCCACGCCAAGGCCAUCCUCAACAACCCCAGCACCUACGAGAUCAUCAACCCUGCCGACUUCGGCAUGUCGAGAUACGUUCACUUCGCCUCUCGUCUGACCGGCUGGAACGCGAUCAAGUCCCGUGCUCAGCAGCUCAACAUCUCGAUGACUGAUGAUCAAUACAAGGAGUGCACUGCCAAGAUCAAGGCUCUUGCCGAUAUCCGUCCCAUCGCCGUCGAUGAUGCCGACAGCAUCAUCCGUGCCUACUACCGCAACCUCAAGCUGGGCGAGAACAAGCCCCUCCUUGACCUCACGGCCGACGAGCAGGCUCAGUUCGCUGCCAAGGAGAAGGAGCUGGCUGCCCAGGGCGCUCUCUAAGCAAGCCUCAGCUCUGAUUUCUUUUUUACUUGCAUAUAUUCCGACUGGGAUAGACCGUCUAUAUCGUUUUUAGAGCUUUGAUCAUACCUUUUUAGCGGCUCCCUUGGCGGAAGACGUUCUCGCUUGCGUGUUUGUUU